AGAUCAUGUUCGAGACCUUCAACACCCCAGCCAUGUACGUGGCCAUCCAGGCCGUACUGUCCCUGUACGCCUCUGGUCGUACCACAGGUAUCGUGACGGACUCUGGUGACGGUGUCACCCACACCGUCCCCAUCUACGAAGGUUAUUGUCUCCCCCACGCUAUCCUUCGUGUUGACCUGGCUGGCCGUGACUUGACUGCCUACCUGAUGAAGAUCAUGACUGAGCGUGGCUACUCCUUCACCACCACAGCUGAGCGAGAAAUCGUUCGUGACAUCAAGGAGAAACUUUGUUAUGUUGCCCUCGACUUUGAAAGCGAAAUGAAUGUAGCUGCUGCCUCAGCAUCACUUGAGAAGUCCUACGAACUUCCCGACGGUCAGGUCAUCACCAUCGGCAACGAACGUUUCCGUUGCCCCGAGUCUAUGUUCCAGCCUUCCUUCCUGGGGAUGGAAUCUGUUGGUGUUCACGAGACCGUCUACAACUCCAUCAUGAGGUGCGACAUUGAUAUCAGGAAGGACCUGUUCGCCAACAACGUCAUGUCUGGAGGUACCACCAUGUACCCUGGUAUUGCUGACCGCAUGCAGAAGGAACUUACUUCUCUGGCUCCUUCCACCAUCAAGAUCAAGAUCAUUGCUCCUCCCGAGCGUAAGUACUCCGUCUGGAUCGGUGGCUCCAUCCUGGCCUCUCUGUCCACCUUCCAGGCCAUGUGGAUCACCAAGGAGGAGUACGACGAGUCCGGUCCCGGUAUUGUUCACCGCAAGUGCUUCUAAAUUGCCACCUCGCUAAAGAUCUGUUAUUAAAAUAAAUUUUUUCUUGUGC